CUACUGAACGCGACCAAUUGCUUUACUAUAUAUUUUACGAUCUAUGCCUGAACCAUAGUAAUAAUAAGUGAAAAGGAGCAAUAGCUAUUGUUGUUGUCUUUAGGUUAAGUGAUAGAGUGUUUUCGAGUGAUUCUUUUGAUAAAAGAAAAAGCGUGCAAAAUUCUUGAGAAAAUAGAACGCGAGUAAAGUGAGAAAGAGAUAUUGAAUAUUUAUCUUAUCACUAUCUUAUCCUUCCUUCGGUGAUUGACACACAUUUAUGUUUCCUAUGCGGAUUAUCGUGAGAUUUAUGAGUCAACAAAGAUGGUCACCGUACAAGAUAUUGGUCUUCAACUUACAAAACCAGUAAAAGAGUUAGCAAAAUGGAACUUUCCUUUUUCACAAACUUUGGAGAAAUAUUGUUCAUUAUUCAAUACAACGUGCAAUAAAAGUUUUGGCGAAGCUGGACUUGUCCUGCAAAACUCUGCAGCUGUAUAUGUCCAUAGACUCGAUUCUCUCUGGAGUACAACAGAAAACUCCAAAAAUUUAUUAUUGAAUGAUGAACACGAAGAAGCAACACAAAAUUCUACCAAGAAAAGAAAUAGGAAGAUUGACAUGUGCUUUAAAGAAUUCAAAGCUGUCAACUUUGCCAAGGAAAUAAAUAAUAAUAUCAAUAUUAAAAAGGAUCAUAUAACGCAUGAUACUGUCAAAUCAAAAAAGCGCUGUUUUACUCAACUAGAAAAGGGUAUUGCGCAACAUGUCUCUAUUGAUAUCUAUGAUGUAAAUGGAGAAGUCAUUGGUAAAAAAUAUGAUUUUCGCUGCAAUCAAAACAUAAGUAUAGAUGGUGUAUUGGUCGAUGCUUUGGCUGAGUUUGCACCUCAAGAUUUUUGUUGCGACAGUGAUAAUUCUGAGUCCUUAUCGACUCCGGACUGUACAAUACACGAUGAUAAUAAUCAAAACGAUAGUAGCGAUGUUGAGUCUGAAAGGAAUAAUAACGAUUCACUGGAAGAAGAGAUUUUUGAUUCAGUUACAUCUUUGGAAUCGACUCAACAAAAUCUGUCUUUGUCCGAGAACACUGGUUCCAAUAAUACACUCAGCGAUAUAUCAAAUGAAAUGUAUCCUAAUACACAAAACAAUAACAACUCAUUGAUAACUCACACCAACAGCACUAUUUUGUCGAAUAAUAAUGAUUUGGAUAAUCAUUCUUUGAACAAUAUCGGGAAAGAUAUAGAUGUUGGUAGUGUAUUGGAUAGUCCACCCGAGUCGGUAAAUUCGAAAGAUAGAAGAACGUCAUCGACGGACGAUCUAAGCUUGUUAAACGACACAAAUGAGGAUCUAUCGCAAAUAAAUUUAACUACCAACAUUAUACAAAAUACUUCUUCAAAUAGCAGUACAAAGAGUAAAAUAAAAUUGCAGUCUUCGAGAUCGAAAUCGACUAAACGAAAGUUUAACCGAAUAACAAAGGACGAAACCUUUACACUGACUAAGAGAGGACAAGAUAGACCAAAUAUGUUCAAGAAAAAUUUGAGUACCUGCAUAAAAUAUAUACGAGAGUACAAUUCUUUGCAAUACAACGAUGUGAUGAAUGUAGAUUUGGACUUCUUAGGAUUUCAAUUAUGCGUUAAUGUGGAAGCGAAUACGAAUACUAGCGAUAAUAACAUAACGGACACUUCGAUUAAUGAGAUCUCCGAAUCCCGCAGUUCGACUCCCAUGAACAUGUCACCUCCGCAUGAAAAUUUCUGCGAUAUUUGGCUGCAAUCGGACUCGCCGCAUUUCUUACCAAAAAAUAUUGACAAAUGGCACGAAUGGAUACAACCUAAAUUACGCGAGUUCGAUGCAAUCGAGAACUUUUGCCGUUCAUCCGCAAAGUACUGUCCACCGGGCCUUCCUGGCGCUCCCGGAAACCCAGGUCCACCAGGUGAGCCGGGUCUACCAGGUAUCCAGGGAUUGGUGGGACCGAAGGGACCCCCCGGACAACCCGGCCAUCCUGGCACCAGAGGACCCAAAGGCGACAUCGGUCCACCGGGAUUCGAUGGAAGAGACGGUGUGCCCGGUGAGCCCGGUUUGGACGGCAUUCCCGGUAGAAGUGGCCUGGAUGGCAUACCCGGGACCAAUGGUAAGCCGGGUAUGAACGGGUCAUCCGGAUCGCCUGGAAGAAAUGGAACAGACGGAAGACCUGGCCAAAUGGGGCCUCAAGGACCACCGGGACCUCGCGGAGAUUUAGGUCCGCCCGGUCGUCCCGGAAUGCCGGGAAAAAACGGCACGCCAGGUAUACAGGCUUACAAAAUGAACAUCCAUGAUCGCAACGUGCAUGACAUAUUGAUACCGCCAUCCAUCGUAGAGAUUGCAUCGUCGUUGAAUACGAGCGACAUAAUUUCCGUGCAAGAAGGCAAAAAUAUACGACUGAGAUGCGCCGCUAGUGGGACACCGCAACCCGUUAUACAGUGGACCAAAAUAGACGGUUCCACGAUUCCUAUGGGAACCUGGCAGGUGAGUUCGACUAUGGGCCCUACCUUUAAUAUCAGCGUGAUAACCCGGGAACACAUGGGCGAAUACGUGUGUAACGCUGACAACGGAAUAGCACCAGCAAGUUCCAAAAAGUUUAGACUUCAAGUCAAAUUUCCGCCGUUUAUUCGUAUACGCAACCAAGUGGUUCUCGUACGAAACCAAAAUCCGGCGACAUUGGAAUGCGAGGUGGAGGCCUUUCCCGAGCCGGUGGUACAUUGGGAACGCGGCGAUGGUCGCCGUUUGAAAAUGUCAGAUAAACACAGGAUGGAUGUUUAUGACAGACGAGAUAAUUAUAAGUUGAAGAUGAAGCUAAAAAUCACGAAAGUGAUGUCGUCGGAUCAUGGGAUGUACCAUUGUGUGGCGAAAAAUGAUCUUGACGUUACCAAGGGAUCCUUUAUACUAGACGACGACAUAAGAGAUGUAGAGAAACUCAAGUUAGGGAAGGAGCAGCACGUUACGUAUGGGCAUCCUAUGCCCCCGAGCGUUGAUCAGGAACAAGAAUUAUGCAGUCGGCAAGAAACUUGCACGACGUGCCCAAAGUGCACGUACGCAAAUAUAAUGGACGCGCACAUUCAACCAUUGCGUGGUGUUAAUAUGACGGGGCUACAACCGCGAUUAGCCGAAGGUUUGAUAGAAGCCGUGGGAAAACCUGUUCUGAAAGGAAACAUAGACAACUAUAAUGGAAGUUGGAUGCACGAUGCGUUCUCCCAUAUCAUGUCCGAUAAACUCUAUGUAACUCGCAAUAACGUUCACGACAUGUCCCACAUCUACGAGUACAAUAGUAAAUCGAAGGGACAUCACAAGAACGAGUCGGGUGUUGAGAUACCAUUGCCUCGUCCUUUUCAGGGUAACGGACAUGUAGUUUACAACAAGUCGUUCUUUUAUAAUCCCCAAAGUGAAUCGAGCAUCCUUCGAUUCGAUCUCUCCUCGGAAUCCGAAUGCAGUCGAUAUUCCAGCAAAUGCGUGCUGUCGCUACCGAGUUUGCUGGUCAAUACUAAGAACUUCCUCUACAUGCACAAUUUCACUUAUGUGGAUUUGAAUGUAGAUGAAAACGGUUUGUGGGUUAUUUACGGAUUACCGUCCAAUAAUACGGCAGUGGUGAAAAUUAACCCCACGAAUAUGACCGUUCAAAAGGCGUGGAACAUCAGUAUCGAUCAUCAUAGAUUCGGAGAGAUGUUUAUCGCGGGAGGGAUGCUUUACACUAUACACAGUGUCACUGAAGAAACUAUGAAGAUACGAUACGCCUUCGAUCUCUAUCGAAAUACAAUGCGGGAGGUGUCAUUGUCAUUCACGAAUCCGUACUACAAGACCACAGCGGUUAGCUACAAUCAUAAAACCAAGGAGCUCUAUACAUGGAAUAAAGGCAACCAAUUAGCCUACCCCGUCAAGUAUCGUGACGAAUUGGUAGGAGGAAAUAAGGACAGUUGAAGCACAAUUUUCUUCAAUAUACGUCGUUAAUCGCCGUUAAUUAAGAUUAAUUAAAGAAUUUUAACAUAUAACGUCUUCUCAUCUUCGCGAUACUCUUUAGAGCGCUCUAUUUAUCUUGUAUACAUACUGAAAAUAAUAAUAAACAAAA